GCUGCAGCAAGGUUAUUUCCUCAUGCAUGGACAAGAAAAAUAUAGGAUUAUUUAAUCAUCAUAUAUACCACAUUCGCCUUGUCUCAUUUUAAUAAUCAGUCAGUGAUAUUGAUUAUGGCACUGAUAAUCAGUAGGGUAACUUACGUUCCUUCUGGACUGCUGUUCCAUUGAUUCAUGCAAUGAGUAGCCUUCCCUAGUGUAAUUUUGAUUGUAAUAGUCAUAUUCAAAUCAGUAUAUGGUUUGUUACACGAAAGUGGACAUUUGGAACGGGGCGCACGAAUACAAAACCUCCAACACAAGUGACAUGUAUCAUUGGCAUGCUUAUUGGACAUCCACACCGACAGAUGGCUCCUGAAGAUUUAGCGCUCAGCACCCUGGCAAUUCUCCAUGCGACACCACAAAAUAAUACAAUUCCCCGACCCUGCAUUAAUGCAGUGCACUGGGCCAAGGUUCGAAACCUACCCAAGUGACCCGGACGCACUGAGCGCAUAGGAAUGACAGAACCGCGACUCGGCUGUAGGUUGCGGAAUGCGAGACCGGCCCUCCUACCAACGGAAAGAUGAGGGAAUGGUGGCUUCUUGUGGGCUUGCUGUGCAUUCCUCUGCUGGCAGUCUACCUGCACAUCCCUCCUCCCCAACUGUCUCCAGCCCUCCUGACCUGGCGCUCUGCUGGAGCAUUCUUCACUUUCAGGAGCAACAAUAUAUUCUACAGGGAGACCUAUGGUGCUGUAGGCAGCUCUGAUGUGGUCAUUCUCCUCCAUGGCUUCCCUACCUCCAGCCUGGACUGGUACAAGAUAUGGGAGCCCCUGAAUCGGCGCUUUAACCGUGUCAUUGCUCUGGACUUUGGUUUUGGCUUCAGUGACAAACCUAGGCCCCACCGCUACUCCAUCUUUGAGCAGGCCAGUGUUGUGGAGGCGUUGGUGUCCCACCUGGGUCUGACAGAGCAGAGGGUCAACCUGCUCUCCCAUGACUAUGGAGACACUGUGGCCCUGGAACUGCUCUACAGGAGUGACCACAACAGGACUGGACACUUGACCAUCAACAGCCUCUGUUUGUCCAAUGGAGGUAGAGUACAGUUUCAGACCUUUUCCUGAUUGGCUACAGGUAGC